AUGAUCGCCGACGUACUUCCUGCCCUUCUAGGCUUCUCUUCGCUUGCUACUGCGAGAUUAUUCCAAGAACUUCAGGAACGAGCAGGAGCAUCAGCAAUCUGCACAAACUCCAAUGGAACGUACAAUCUCAGUUCUAUCGCAGCUCCAGUACAAGGUGCCGGGUCGCCUGGAUCAGAAAAUACCUGGAACCUCGCCGUCGAUGACACCUCUUCCGGCCACAAGCAGAGCGUCACUGGAUUCGGUGCUGCUGUCACAGAUGCCACGGUGACGGUCUUCAACUCGCUGUCUAGCAGCAACUUAAGCUCUUUGCUCAAGGAGAUCUCUCACUUUAGCUUAAUGCGUCACACUAUUGCUUCCUCGGACUUGUCGGGUGAUCCGGCGUACACCUAUGAUGACAAUGGAGGCAACGCAGAUCCGAACCUGACCGGCUUCGGUCUCGGCGCCAGAGGCAAUGCCACGGCUUCCUUGCUUGCAAAGAUGAAGUCUAUGAACUCGAAGCUACAGAUUCUUGGCAGUCCCUGGAGCGCUCCUGGUUGGAUGAAGUUGAACGACGAGAUCGAUGGCAGCACGAAUAACAACAGCUUAAAUGACGGCUACCUUACGAACAAUGGUGCUCAGUAUUCUUCACAAUUUGCUCAGUACUUUGUGAAGUACAUCAGCAACUUCAACAGCGCGGGUGCCAAUAUCACCGCAAUCACUAUCCAAAACGAGCCACUCAAUAGCCAGGCUGGAUACCCCACCAUGUAUAUGUAUGACUAUGAACAGGCCAAUCUGGUGAAGUACUAUGUUGGGCCGGCGCUCAAGAACGCCAAGCUUGGUACCGCCAUCUGGGCUUAUGACCACAACACCGGUAUGCUUUCCUUAUGCAUCACACAAGGGCAAUACACUGACCGCAAUCACAGAUCAGCCCAGCUAUCCGCAGACUGUGAUCAACAAUGGCGGGGGUUAUGUCAAUACCGUUGCCUGGCAUUGCUACGCAAACCCACUUAACUGGACUGUCCUUAACAACUUCCACAACACCAACCCCAAUGUCACGCAGUACAUGAGCGAAUGCUACACGUCUCCCGACACUCCCUGGGACUGGGUUGCAAACUUUACUAUGGGACCUCUACAGAACUGGGCUUCCGGAGCCAUGGCCUGGACACUCGGCACCACUCCUCAAUACGGACCACACCUCUCAUCUGGCGGCUGCGGAGACUGCGUCGGUCUCGUCACUGUCAGCAACGGUGCUUACAAUCUCAAUGUUAACUACUACAUGAUGGCGCAAUUCAGCAAGUACAUCCCACAAGGCGCCACAAUUUUGAACGGAACGGGAAGCUACAGCUAUGCGGAUCAAACCGGUAUCCAGUCUGUUGCUUCUCUCAACCCGGAUGGAACGAGGACAGUAGUGAUCUGGAACAAGUUCUCAAACGAUGUCUAUGUUACUAGUAGCAUGAAGAGUGGACAGAAAUGGAGUGGCAACGUUCCCAAGAACUCGGUCGUCACUUGGCUGUUGCCUUCGGCGUAA